AAAACUGAAAAGCAUUUUCCUCCCAAACGCGCACUCUCUAAGAAUCAAUCUCAUUGUCUUCUUCUUUGGGUUUGACGAAUAAGCGCACACCAAUCUCCGUCUCAUUCCCCAUCCUUUUCUCUCUUCUCUCUCUAUAUCUAUACAUACAUAUAUAUAUAUAUAUAUAAAUACAUGAUUCAUAUUAUUGUCUGAUUUAUCUAUUUAUUUAUAUAUAUAUAUAUAUACACACGCCAUUUGCAAAGAGCUUUCUUCUUCAUCUUCCUCUUGAUAUUUGGAAUUGAAAGAGAUAGAUACAGAGGGGAAGGGAAUGGACUCGCCGUCGGAAUCGACCGGCGAGUACUCAACGCGGAUCGCAACGAGAUCGUCGAUGAUCGAGUCGUUCAGGGGAUGUGGGCUGUCGGGGAUGAGGAUUGACAAGGUGGAGUUGAGGCGGAGGCUCCAGAUGCCUCAGUUACUGCGUUUCGCCAUGCGCGACUCCAUCAGGUUCAAGAACCCUGCUGCCGGCGAGACCCGACUCCUCGAACGCGGAAACAGUCUCAGCGCACCCGCUGCAGCCGAUGCCGAGGACGAGAAACCGCCGGAGUCGGCCAUGGUCGUCUUUAUUAAUCCGCGUAGCGGUGGGCGACAUGGACCCAUGCUUAAGGAGAGGCUUCAGCAAUUGAUAAGCGAAGAACAGGUUUUUGAUCUAUCAGAUGUGAAGCCUCAUGAAUUUGUUCGCUAUGGGCUGGGUUGCCUGGAGAUCUUGGCUGGUCAUGGCAACUCUUGUGCCAAAGAGUGCCGUGAAAAGAUGAGAGUUAUGGUUGCAGGAGGUGAUGGAACGGUUGGUUGGGUGUUAGGAUGUCUUGGAGAACUUCACAAAGAGGGCCGACUUCCAGUUCCUCCAGUAGGAAUUAUUCCACUUGGUACUGGAAAUGACCUAUCUAGAAGUUUUGGUUGGGGUGGUUCUUUCCCUUUUGCUUGGAAAUCAGCCAUCAAAAGAUCUCUUUCUAGGGCUACUGAAGGUGCAGUUGGCCGUUUGGAUAGCUGGCAUAUUCUGUUGUCAAUGCCCACUGGAGAAAUUGUGGAGCCUCCUCAUUCUCUAAAGCAUAUAGAAGAAUGUGCUCUUGAUGAGGGUUUGGAAGUUGAGGGAAAGUUGGCUGACAAAGUGAGUUGCUAUGAAGGAGUGUUUUAUAAUUAUUUUAGCAUAGGAAUGGACGCCCAGGUUGCAUAUGGUUUCCACCAUUUACGAAAUGAAAAACCGUACCUUGCACAAGGUCCAAUUACGAAUAAGCUGAUCUACUCAGGUUAUACUUGCACUCAAGGUUGGUUCUUCACUCCUUGCACAAGUCAUCCAAGUUUAAGGGGACUUAAAAACAUCCUAAGGAUGUAUGUCAAAAAGGUCAACUGCUCAGAAUGGGAGCUGAUUCCAGUACCUUCAAGCGUGAGGGCUAUUGUUGCUUUAAAUCUUCAUAACUAUGGAAGUGGACGAAAUCCAUGGGGUCAUUUGAAGCCAGAAUAUUUGGAAAAGAGAGGCUUUGUUGAGGCUCAUGUUGAUGAUGGUCUCUUAGAAAUUUUUGGGCUUAAGCAAGGAUGGCAUGCGUCAUUUGUUAUGGUGGAACUCAUCUCAGCCAAGCACAUUGCCCAGGCUGCUGCAAUCCGAUUGGAAAUUAGAGGUGGUGAGUGGAAAAAUGCAUACAUGCAAAUGGAUGGGGAGCCAUGGAAACAGCCAAUGGACGAGCAGUUUUCGACAUUUGUGGAAAUCAAGAGGGUUCCUUUUCAAUCGUUCAUGAUUCAUGGAGACUAACUUGACGUGCUUCUCCUACGCUCUGCUGUUUGCUGGUAAUACAUCUUGGAUUUAAUGUAGAGUUAUAACCUGAGGGCUUGUAAAUUAUAUUCAUGUUCCUAGGGGUGAGGGCAGGUGCACGAGGCGAGCUUUUCUUUUUAAUCCUUUUCUUGGACUAAAUUUCUCUUAACAAACGCAUGCUUACCAUGUACAAUGUCUAUCUGUACUGGUCAUUGAAGGUGCAAUUCCAUCUCAUAUUGUUAGUUGAUGUUUUUAUUUCUCA